AUGAUGGAUUCCAAACAAGUUAUUGAAUUGGUUAAAGACUUAGAGGUCUCUAAGAACGAUAAUGAUGCUGUUCUAAAGAUCCUAAAUACUUUGGAUGCCGAGGUAGUUGCCACAGAAAAGCUACUAAGAGAAACUAAGGUCGGUAUUGAAGUGAACAAAUUUAAAAAAUCGACCAACCCAGAAAUUUCAAAGCUAGUGAGGAAAAUUAUCACCAAUUGGAAAGAUUCUAUUAACAAGCACAAGAAACUAAAAACACAAAAUUCUCAAAAAGAUUUGUCAAAGGAGAGCCAACAGGCCAAUGCAGUCAGCUUGAAGGACGAGAGUGGUGCCUCUAAUGAAGCCAACAAACAAGAUAAAUACAUUACAAAGAAAACUAGAAACACUAUCAACGAUUGUGUAGACACGGCAAUAUAUAAUGACGAUUUACGAGACAGGGUUAUAAAAGCGUUAUAUGAUGCUUUGGCCAAAGAAAGUGAGCAUCCACCACAAGCAAUCCUAAAUACCGUCAAAGAUAUUGAACUCCAAAUGCACAACUUACAUAACAGUGAGACUGAUGAAAAAGCGUACAGAGAAAGAUAUAGAAUAAUCUACUCCAAUGUGAUAUCAAAGAAUAAUCCAGAUUUGAAACAUAAAAUUACCAAUGGUGAAGUAACAGCUGAAUUCCUUUCAAAAUGUUCCUCAAAAGACUUGGCUCCAGAAUAUUUAAAACAAAAAAUGGACGAAAUUUCUAAACAAAACUUGUUCAAUGCUCAAGGUGCAACAAUAGAAAGAUCUGUCACUGAUAGAUUCACUUGUGGUAAAUGUAAAGAGAAGAAGGUUUCAUACUACCAAUUACAAACCAGAUCUGCGGAUGAACCUUUAACAACGUUCUGUACAUGUGAAGCCUGUGGUAAUAGAUGGAAAUUUUCUUGA